GAAUAAGCGAGCCUUCGAGGAGGUUGUAGCUGCGUGACUUGUAAACUUUUUCAAGGAAAUUACUUUCCACGUCAAAGCAACUACAUCUUUUGAGUUUCCAACAAGAAACCCCACGUAGCAAACCAUUAAUCUUAAAUUUUUGGGUAUUGUUUCUUUGUAUCCUUAAAAAGGAAAAAAACACCCGCAAACCUCUGCCUCUUUAGGUGUAAAUCGCAGGGUGUGGUGCUUUGAGGUUUGUGGUCAUGGCGGUGGUGGGGAGGGGUGUUAGAGACUUAAUAGGUCCUCUUUUAGUAGUAAACUUUGUGGUGUGUCUGAUUGUGGUCGGACUCGCUGGAUGGUCCAUCGACAAAUAUAUCAAUGGAGAACAGAACCACCCACAUUUGGGUGGGAAUCCAUCAACUAGCUUUAUGUUGGUGUUUGCAUUGUUAGCUGGGGUGCUGGGUUUUUGUUCUCUGCUUUCGGGUUUCAUACAUCUGCGGGCAUGGCGAAGUGACAGUUUGGCCAGUGCUCAAUCUUUAUCUGCAAUCUCCUGGGCUAUUACAGCUAUUGCUUUUGGAUUUGUAUGCAAGGAAAUCAUAUUGGGUGGGCACAGAGGAAAACGCUUGCGAACUCUGGAAACCUUUAUAGUUAUUUCAUUGCUAAGUCAGUUUCUUUAUGUUGUGCUGCUGCACGGUGGGGUGUAUCACAGCAGAUACGGUCCGGGUUAUCGCAACUUCAACGAAGAGGACCAUGGCACCGCCGGCGUUGCCAUCGAUCAUCAGCACCAGAAGCCUGACACUCCCGCUGAGAUCUGACCUCCUAUACUAGAUGUAUUUUUCUUUUUGCCUCACGCUUUGUUUUGUAUAUAACAGCUUGACAGUAAAGGGAAAUUUUGCGAUGUUCAAUAUACUUUUUUUCGCUUGCA